AUGGGCAGCACGAAGACCGUCCAGGAUUCUCUCAUACCUGAUCCCGCGCAACCCCUCGGUCAAGCUCGAAAACGCAGAAAACGCAAAGGCAGGGAGCUAGAAGAAGUGCUCCCUUCAUCAUCCACCGCUGGUCCUUCAAAAGCUGCGAGCAAUGGAGCGUGGUUGUGGAGGUCAAUCACAGAUUCGUCUGCCAGUAGAGUACCACCGGUUUUCACAAAGGACGGAAGUUAUUUCUUUUCCGUGCUCGGAUUCUCCGUAAAGAUCUACUCUUCCGCCACUGGACAAGUAGUCUCGACGUUAGAUGUGCCUUCCUGGGAUGGUUCAUCCUCCACACAAGAUACAUCGCAUUCCGACGUUACUUCGAUUAUCUUGAACCCCCACAAUCCUUACCAGCUAUUUACCGGCUCUUUGGACGGAUACAUCAGAUUAUGGGACUUUUUAGAUGCUGCCUUGUUACAAACGAUUAAUAUCUUGCAGCCCAUUCUUCGCCUUGCGGCCCAUGAAAAAUUGAAAGAUUAUAUCUUUGUCGCUGCCGUUCGGCCUAGCAAGAAGAAAUCCGCUGAGGGCGACUCUUCGCAAAUAGAAGACAACGCGGUGGUAUUGCGCGUGUCGCUCAUACCAUCAGAAUCUACCGCUACACGGUCGGUGCAGGUGUCUUCGUCUGUAAGUGGGAUUGGAAAAACGCGGGCUACCACUGGUUUAGCCUUCUCACCGAGUGGGGCGUGGCUUGUAGCAACCGCUGGGCACAAGGCCUAUGUUUGUUCAACCUCGCGUUUUGAGGCCGGAUUCACGAAGUUCGUCUCCCCGCAGCAUCUCACCUGUCUUGCGUUCCACCCUUCAGAAGAUUACUUCGCUACAGGUGAUGCGACUGGGUGCAUCCGCUUGUGGUACUGUCUUGAUGAGAACAUCCCGCUUAAAGUCGUCGGCGUUGAAAAGACUGCUCAAACUACGACUCUCCACUGGCAUUCUCAUGCAGUGUCGUCGAUCGCUUUCACAACAAAUGGCGCGUACCUCCUCAGUGGCGGCGAGGAAGGAGUUCUAGUUAUUUGGCAACUGCAUUCUGCCAAGAAGGAGUACGUGCCUAGGGUAGGGGCACCAAUCGUACACAUUGCUUUGUCAAUAUCACGAUCGGGGGAGGAGGAAUACCUCCUUGGUCUCGCCGAUGCUUCGUUUGUCUUCGUUCGCUCUGGCACUCUUGAGGUCUCGAGAUCAAUAGCGCGAAUCAAACUAGAUCCCUCUAUAUCCCAUGAACGGUCAUCAACGUCCGCUGCUACGCCGCUUGCGGUCCACUCCCUUAACUCGACCCUCGUUCUACCCUCGUCUCACCCAUCAUCUCUGCAAACAUUUUCCCUCUCGACAUCAAAACUUAUCUCAGAGCUCGAAGUUUCACCUUCCAACAGGGUAUCCCGGAGAGACGAGACGCCAUUAGAACCCUCGCGCGUGGAACGUGCUGUGAUCUGCGAUUCAGGAGAGUGGAUGGUCACCAUAGACAGUCGAGAAGCGGAUGAAACAUUCCACGGAGAGGUGUACAUGAAAGUGUGGCGAUGGGACCGCAAGACAGACGCGUGGAUAUUGAAUACCCGGGUCGAUCGCCCGCACGGCCUGAGGAAGGUCACAGGCCUAGCAUUUAGUCCUGGUGCCAAGACCAAGGAGCGUUUAUUGUUUGUGACUACAGGUGAAGAUCAAAACAUCAAGACGUGGAGGAUACGAGCCACGAAGACGAAGACUAGUGACACCGAAGAAUUCUGGGUGACUCGCUCCAUGUUUCGGUUCCGCUCGGAGACUCCAACGGAUGUGUCCUGGUCUCCGGAUAGCUCGUUGUUUGCUGUAUCGCUCGGUCCUCAUGUGGCUCUAUAUGACUCCAGUUCGAAUGCGUUACAUGCAGUCCUAACCUGUCCAGAGUGCAAACAGGUCACCUCUGCGAGGUUCCUUGACGCUGGUGGUCGUUACGUUGCAGCGAUGGGCGAUAGAGAUUUGAUGUUGUGGGACUUAGUCCAACAAAAGCUGCAAUGGCAAUACCAUAGCCCAGUAUCAUUAGAUCACUUGGUUCUGCAUCCUACGGAGAACAAGCUUGCUGUCUUCGAACAAUCCACUACAGCGUCGACGAAAGUCCUUGUCUUCCACCCAUCUUCUUCCGUUCCGUCCGCUUGGCACACGCUACCAUUCCGUCUUCGCUGUGUUGUCUCGCAUCCGUCGUUAAGCUCUGCGUCAACGGAUCCCUCAUCUUUCACGCUUCUCGGCAUCACCUAUACCUGGGCCGUCGUCCUCUUCGGGGACGAAAUACACUUACCAGAAGAGGAGGGCUCGACUGCUCAAGGCAUCUCAGCGCGGUCGACUGCCAACCAACGGACACUGUUCCACGACAUCUUUGGCAAGACUGCCUUCGCCGAUCUCACUCUAGAGACGACUACGUCCUCGAUGUCCUUGGAUCGCGCGCAGCCGUGGAGAGGGAAGGAAAUCAAGGAUGCGUUCAACGCUCCUGCAUAUCUCAUGCCGCCACUGGACACGCUCUUCGACCCUUUGAUGGACGAGUUCCUGACUCGGCGCUCGGCUGACGUAGCUGCCGCCGACCACGAGGAACACGAGCAGCCAGAGGCGGACGUGGAUAUGGACGUGGAUAUGGACGUGGAAGGUGAAGACGACGGGAGUCCUUUCCUUGCAGGAAACCGGAUAGACCGUGUGGUGGACCAGGAGGAGAUGGAUGCGCUUGUCGAAUUGUUCAAACAGCAUGCGAUCAAGAAGCCUGUGCGAGCAGUUCAGAUGCUCGACGGCGUUCGUAAGCGAAAAGCUAAGAAGUCUCGCCCCAACGGUAUGCAUCCUCAUUCUGCAGGAAGUCCGGUUCCUGCAAAUCCGAACGGUGUAAUGCAUAAAUCACAUACAGCGACACCCGCACAUCCAGAUCCAGUAUCCGCUGAUACUCUGACUCCGGUAGCGACGAAUAAAAAGAGAAAAAAAUCCCUAGGCUGA